ACCCAAAGCUUCGUGACUCCUCCAGAUUCCUGGCUCCCUGGAUAGGGUACGGUUUGCUCCUGUUGAAUGGGAAGACAUGGUUCCAGCACCGGCGCAUGCUGACGCCAGCCUUCCACUAUGACAUCCUGAAGCCCUAUGUGGGGCUCAUGGCCGACUCUGUCCACGUGAUGCUGGACAAGUGGGAGGAGCUCAUCAGAGAGAACUCAUAUCUGGAGAUCUUUGAGCAUGUGUCCUUGAUGACCUUGGACACCAUGAUGAAGUGUGCUUUCAGCUACCGUAGCAGCUACCAAGCAGACAGGAUCUCCCAGUCCUACAUCCAGGCCAUUCGAGACCUGAGCAACUUGUUUUUUUCCCGGGUGAGGAAUGCUUUCUACCAGAAUGACAUCAUCUACAGGCUGACCCCUGAGGGGCGCUGGAACCACCGGGCCUGCCAGCUUGCUCAUCAACACUCAGACCGAGUGAUCAAGCUGAGGAAAGCUCAGCUGCAGGAAGAGGGAGAACUGGAGAAGGUCAGGAGCAAGAGGCACUUGGACUUCCUGGACAUCCUCCUCUUCGCCAAAAUGGAGGAUGGCAGUAGCUUGUCUGACGAGGACCUCCGUGCCGAAGUGGACACGUUCAUGUUUGAGGGCCAUGACACCACAGCCAGCGGCAUCUCCUGGAUCCUCUAUGCCCUGGCCACACACCCUGAGCAUCAUCAAAGGUGUCGGCAGGAGGUCCAGAGCCUCCUGGGGGAUGGCACCUCCAUCACCUGGUGA